GUUUGCAGUUAUCCUUCAGUCUUAAAAGAGUUUUAGGGAGCCUUAGACAUACUGCUUGACUGCGACUCUUUUCCACAUCCAGGCCUGAUCCUGAACGCCAAGUCACCGGUCACCCUCUCCCCUUCUCUUCCGACGUCGGUCGAUAAAUCCGGAGGAGGGUCCAUUUUGUUUGCUGCCUGAUAAAGUUUUCAAAUUGAUUUGAAUUUUGAGCUUCACAUCUCUGUGGACAUUAUCACUUGAAUUGUACCGUUGGGACUGAUUGGUAUGACUUCUAGGCGCAAUGUUCAAUACAGCCCUCUCCCUGUGGAGGAACAGAGGGAUUAUGAUGGUGAUAGGGGAAGGGAAGAUGAUCCUCGGUUUGGAUACACUCCCAAGACCUUAGAUAGGAUCCCAUGGAAGUCCAUUGCCCUAGCACUUUUCCUCCUAUGUCUUGGAGUGAUGCUUCUAUUUCUUUCUUUCUUCAUCUUCACAGGCCACAUGGGAGGUGACAGAUCACAGGCCUAUGGCCUCCUAAUGCUUGGCAUCCUCACCUUCCUUCCAGGCUUUUAUGAGACCAGGGUUGCUUAUUAUUCAUGGAGGGGUGCCAAAGGUUAUCGAUUUUCUUCAAUCCCUAAUUAUUAAGUGACAAAUUUGUGCAAUCUGUUUGCCUUAUUAUCAACAUGGGACAUGUUAUAAUGUUCUUGGCGCAUUUGCGUUCAUGUGAGAGCUGUUCAAUGUCAUCUCCUUCCUUAUGAUGCAUUACUACUUCGUUUUUAAGGGCAUAAAUUUGUACAGAUCAUGAGACUGAAAUCUCCCCUGGAAGUUGUUCGAGUUGAGGAUUUUAUCAAAUGCUGUGUGACUUGUAGAUUAUAUGGAUCUUGUGAGGACCUAUUAUGCUUUGUUUUCAUUUCUAUUGACUGCAUAUGUAAAUCAAAUGCUAUGUGAUCGUGAAUUAAUGAAUUGCACGUCCGACA